GUUUUUGUUUUGGGUUGAAGUUGAGGCUGAGGAGAGAGCUGAGCUAGCGACAAGCAGUCGUCGCGGCCGCGGUUGCCGCGGAAGGUAGUGGAGGCCUCGCUGGACUCCAGGGACCUCUUCUUUCUGUCCGACGGUCCUGACCUUGCCCAGCCGCCACCGCCUUCCCGUCCCGGAACUCCUGGGCCUGCCCUGGGCCCCUUAGCUUUGCACUCCGCACGCCGCAGCGCCCUGCCCGGGCCGCACCCGCCGGCCCCAUGAGGAGGGACGUGAACGGAGUGACCAAGAGCAGGUUUGAGAUGUUCUCAAAUAGUGAUGAAGCUGUGAUCAAUAAAAAACUUCCCAAAGAACUCCUGUUAAGGAUAUUUUCUUUUCUGGAUGUUGUUACUUUGUGUCGCUGUGCUCAGGUCUCUAGGGCCUGGAAUGUUCUGGCCUUGGAUGGCAGUAACUGGCAGCGAAUUGACCUGUUUGAUUUCCAGAGGGAUAUUGAGGGCCGGGUAGUGGAGAAUAUUUCAAAACGAUGUGGGGGCUUUUUACGAAAGUUGAGCCUACGUGGGUGUCUUGGAGUUGGAGACAAUGCAUUAAGGACCUUUGCACAAAACUGUAGGAACAUUGAAGUACUAAAUCUUAAUGGGUGUACAAAGACUACAGAUGCUACAUGUACUAGCCUUAGCAAGUUCUGUUCCAAACUCAAGCACCUUGAUUUGGCUUCCUGUACAUCAAUAACCAACAUGUCUCUCAAAGCUCUGAGUGAGGGAUGUCCACUGUUGGAGCAGUUGAACAUUUCCUGGUGUGACCAAGUAACCAAGGAUGGCAUUCAAGCACUAGUGAGAGGCUGUGGGGGUCUCAAGGCCUUAUUCUUAAAAGGCUGCACACAGCUAGAAGAUGAAGCUCUUAAGUACAUAGGUGCACACUGUCCUGAGCUGGUGACUUUGAAUUUGCAGACUUGCUUACAAAUCACAGAUGAAGGUCUCAUUACUAUCUGCAGAGGGUGCCAUAAGUUGCAGUCCCUCUGUGCCUCUGGCUGCUCCAACAUCACAGAUGCCAUCUUGAAUGCUCUAGGUCAGAACUGCCCUCGGCUUAGAAUAUUAGAAGUGGCACGAUGUUCUCAAUUAACAGAUGUGGGUUUUACUACUCUAGCCAGGAAUUGCCAUGAGCUUGAAAAGAUGGAUCUGGAAGAAUGUGUUCAGAUAACAGAUAGCACAUUAAUCCAGCUUUCUAUACACUGUCCUCGACUUCAAGUAUUGAGUCUAUCUCACUGUGAGCUGAUCACAGACGAUGGAAUUCGUCACCUGGGGAAUGGGGCCUGUGCCCAUGACCAACUGGAAGUGAUUGAGCUGGACAACUGCCCACUAAUCACAGAUGCAUCCCUGGAGCACUUGAAGAGCUGUCACAGCCUCGAGCGGAUAGAACUCUAUGACUGCCAGCAAAUCACACGGGCUGGUAUCAAGAGACUCAGGACCCAUUUACCCAAUAUUAAAGUCCACGCCUACUUCGCACCUGUCACUCCACCCCCAUCAGUAGGGGGCAGCAGACAGCGCUUCUGCAGAUGCUGCAUCAUCCUAUGACAAUGGAGGUGGUCAACCUUGGUAAACUGAGUAUUAAAUGACACUUCUAGCGUUACCGUGGAGUCUCUCCAGUGGAAGCGGUCCCAGCAUUCUGGGCAAGGGUUACAAAGCAAGGGAGUGUCCAGAUCCCCAGAGCCACACAUACUAAGCAUACACACCCUCACCCCCAUCCACUAUAGUUCCGUGAACAUGGAGUUGAAGUUGAAGUUGAACAUGAAGUUCAAGCUGACUUUAUCAAAUGAAUUGGUAAAACAGCAUUCCUGUUGGAUGUGUCCAGAAGAAAAUCAUAGGCCAGGUGGAGGGGAGGGGGCAUUCCAGCAAACCCAGUGUUAUUGUUACUGUGGUUUAUUUUGUUAAGGGGUUUUCUGGGGGCAGUCCUCCAGGGUCAAGAAGAGCAUGGAAAAACAACAUAUGAUAUAUCCAGGGACCAGAAAGAAAAUUUCUUUGCAUUGUAGAAAUGGUAGCCAUCCAUUGUAAGAUGACUACAGAGCUUCUGUGCUUCCUUGUUUCCAUGCCAACAUGCUGAGCAUGCUCACAAAGAAGGCUCAUCCAUUCCUUGGGUGGUAGUAUUUGGCCCAGAAGUUUCCUAAAUGACUGCAUUGAAAUUGCUGUGGUCCAAAUGUGAUUACUUACUCAAGUUAUCACUGUCUGCAUCACAUUUGUGCACCUGUCUUCCAUUCUCCAUUGUGCCCUUCUCCACUUUGCUCAGCUUGUCACUUGUUCAGUCUACCUACUCACACUCAUCUGUUACUCUUUGCUGUUGUGUUUACAGUUUGCAUUUUGGAUGAUUAGUUGGGGUUAUCAAACACUUUUAAGAAAAACAUCAAUAAAUAUUUUUUUAAUUCUAUAUUUUACGAUUAGGGGACUGACCCUGCCUGAAUCUUUGCCAAUUUGAAAGAAAACAAAAGCAAGAAAGUUAAGAGAAAAAAUAGAGUUAAAACUAUUUUGAUGAAAACAGAAUUUGCCUUUUGGUUUCUAUUAUAUCUUUUGAUCUAAAAUAAUUUGCAUGAUGUGCCCAGUAUUCCCCCUGCACAUUUUCCCUGUGUCAACCCACUUACCUAUUAAGAAAAGAGAGAAAUGUUUUGUCAUUAUUAAAUAGUAGGUGGCAUAUCCCAAAACUGAGCCUGGAAGUCCUUACUACCCAAGCUCGGACAUUAAUGAUUAACAUCACCGUGUGUUCACAGAAACCUAGACCUCUGUCACUGAGAUUAUUGACUUCAGUAGAAGUCUGUGCUGUCUAGCCAGUUGGUUUCUCUUUCUUUCCCCUGUUACAGCUUAUCAAGGGAUACAAGAAUGCCAUUUAAUAGCUGGCUAUCUGUAUGUCAGUGUUAACAGUAUCAUACUAUUG